ACUUUCAUUUCUACAGAAGGGUCUCAGGAGAGGAGUUUGUGUAGCUCUACUUUCUUUUUCUCCUGUGAGAGUUUGGAAAAUCUUUAAUCAAACACUUAAAUAGAAAAAUAAUAAAAUUUAUAAACCAAAUUUGCAGUUUGGUUAACAUCAAACCAAACCAUCCUUCCAUUUCCAUUUUACUGACAGCAAACAUCGAAACAGACCCGAAAACAUUCCGGACCACCUGCAACCAACAAACGGCCACUCCCGCCACCAUCCGACAACCACCUCCGCAGCGCAGUCGACACAGAAAUCUACAUUCUUAAGCUGAAACCCAACCUGAAAAGGUGGGGGGGAAGAUGAGAAGGGAAGGAAGCGAGAACCCUCAGGGGAGUCGCCAAAUCUGGUUUCAGCAGAAAAAGAACGAGUAGAUCUACAAAGGGAGAAAAAGGAACUUGCUGUGAGAACCCUCAUUUUUGUGAUGGUGGGCUUGGAAAAGGUUGAUUUGAAAGCUAUUAAGUUGGAGAAAGGGUAUGUUGGGGAAGGAGUGCAAGAGGAAAACCGCCGUAAGGCCCAACAAGCAGAGGUUCGGAAGUCUGGCACUCAAUCUAAAAGACAAGAAUCUGAAGAAACUAGAAACUUGAAUGCCUUAAGUACUGGCCAGAGUAAUUCAAUUGUAUUGGAGCAUGGGCAGCCUCCAGUGGAUGACAGUGGCAUUUCUUUUGCAUCUACAAUAUGUCCAGCACCACUUUGUCGUCAAUUUUGGAAAGCUGGGAAUUAUGAUGAUGGGCUCAAUUCCGAGACCACACUUCAAAAUGGCAAGAGUUAUCUCCAUGUCCACCCCAUGUUUCUUCAUUCAAAUGCCACUUCUCAUAAGUGGGCUUUUGGUGCCAUAGCAGAACUGAUUGACAAUGCAGUUGAUGAGUGUCUGAAACCCAGACAAGAUGUGCAUAUCAGGGAACUGGUUGGGACACCUGUCCAGAUCCAAAACGGGGCCACUUUUGUAAUUGUAGAUAAAACCUUAAAUCCAAGAGAUCAAAGUCCAGCAUUGUUAAUUCAAGAUAAUGGUGGUGGAAUGGAUCCUGAAGCAAUCCGGCGAUGCAUGAGUUUUGGAUUUUCUGAUAAAAAGUCCAAAGCAGCAAUUGGACAAUAUGGUAAUGGCUUCAAGACCAGCACCAUGAGACUUGGGGCAGAUGUUAUUGUCUUCAGCUGCCACUUGGGUGAUAGGGUAAUGACACAAAGCAUUGGUCUCCUCUCUUAUACAUUUUUGACACAAACAGGGCACGACAGAAUAGUGGUGCCAAUGGUGGAUUAUGAGCUUAACACGAUUACUGGUAAUAUGGAAAUUGCACAUCGGUAUGAUAAAGAAUACUUUAUGUCUAACCUUUCCAUGCUGUUGCAAUGGUCUCCCUAUUCAACAGAAGCUGAGCUGCUGAAACAAUUUGAUGACAUUGGAUCGCAUGGCACAAAAGUUAUUAUCUAUAAUUUGUGGUUCAGUGAUGAUGGGAAUGUGGAGCUAGACUUUGAUACAGAUCCUGAGGAUAUUCGUAUUGGUGGGGAUGUAAAAAAAGUACAGGCAAAUCCUGCUUGGAGGACAGUCAAUGAACAACAUAUUGCCAAUCGAUUACAUUAUUCACUCCGUGCUUAUUUGUCCAUAUUGUACCUGAAAAUACCAGAAACUUUCACAAUAGUGCUGCGGGGGCAAUUUGUGGAGCAUCGUAAUCUAGUCCUUGAUCUCAAAUUUCAAGAAUUCAUUGUGUACAGGCCUCAAACUGGUGGAUGUAAAGAGGCUGAAGUCUUAACUACAAUUGGGUUUUUAAAAGAAGCUCCACAUGUCACUGCCCAUGGUUUCAAUAUCUACCACAAGAACCGUCUUAUUCUGCCAUUUUGGCCUGUUGUGAGCUAUGCAGACAGUAGGGGAAGAGGGGUGGUUGGUGUUCUGGAAGCAAAUUUUGUUGAGCCCACUCAUAACAAACAAGAUUUUGAGAGAACUUCCCUGUUUCAGAAGCUUGAAGGUCGAUUGAAGGAGAUGACAUGGGAGUACUGGGAUUACCACUGCGGACUGAUUGGUUACCAGGUCAAGAAAAAGCUUCCACCAAUAGAGCCUCCACAAGAUUCAUCCCCUGACAUGCCAAAUAGUGGUAUAAUGAAACCUGUCACAUUGAAUCAUGGUAUGCCAAAUGGUGGCAAAACAAAACCUGUCACAUUGAAUCAUGGUAUGCCAAAUGGUGGCAAAACAAAAGCUGUCACAUUGAAUCAAAAUCACCAUUCUGUUAGUGUGAAAGCUGCAUCUGCUGCAGCUUUCUUUGGGAAAAUUCCUAUUGUUGGGACAGGACUAUCAUCAAAGAGGAAGGAGCAUGGUGAUUUAAACAAAUUUGAAAGAAUGAAACGGCAGGCAGGGGCAAGGGCAGAUGCUCACAAUUUGGAAAUACAGUCUUUGAGUACUGCGAAUCAGUUGAUGGAUAAGGAGACUAUGAACUUGAUUCAAGAAAACAAGAAACUUCAUGCAAAAUGCUUGGAACAUGAGAAAAGGAGGGAAGACCUUGAUCUGAAGGUGAGGCAGCUAAGAAGGGAAUUAGGAGAUGUUCAACAGGAGUAUGAUCGGCUUAUGGUUGAAUUAACAUCAUUAGACACGGUUAAGGAGGAAGAACAUGUACGUACGUAGAUUUUUUUGGGUAGCUGGCUUGCCAUUUUCAACCCUCUUAUCGUAGAACACCUUUGUUGUUGUAUCAUAUUCUGGGAAAGAGGGAGGGAGCUCAGUGUAUCGGAUUCUCAAGCAUGUUUAAUGUGGACGUGAACAUGCAUGAUACUAAUUGAGAAUCAACAACGCUGAUGCAUUUAUAGGAAUCGAUUUAUGCUUCAGUACGAGUCGAUUAUCUAUGUUUACACGCCAGCCAUGGACCUGCAAUAUAUUAGUUGUAAAAAUUAUUAUCUAUGUUUACACGCCGGCCAUCGAUUAUCUAUGCAAUAGAAAUUAAUACCUUUCUUAAUUUAA